UACCCUUCGAUGCGUGGCCCGCAAAGUGUUGUUGCAAUCCAUCAUGGAGCCGCCAGCUGACUUCGCUCAACAUCAUAACCAGCCAGAUGGAGGAGCGUGCGCUAGAGUCGCUGGGACGACUUACUAAGCUUAAGAACCUUAAAUUGGACGGAUUCAUGCGGUUGCACAGUUUUCGCAGGUGCAAGGCAGUGGCCUCGCUCGUAUCCGUGCACCUGAAAUCCGUCUAUUUUCACGACCCGUUGGAGUUCUUCCACACUCUGUUUCGGGUUGCACCACAGCUUUGCCGUUUGAACAUUCAGUUUUCGAUCGUCGACGAUGAAGUGUUGCAUUUCAUAUGCUACCACUUUGCCUGCCUCCAGAGCCUCACAUUGGAAUCCUGUCGCGAGCUUACAGGAGAAGGUUUGGCGAACAUUGAUCAACUGGCAGAGUUGCGCCAUUUUCAAUUAAGCUUUCUGAACAUCUCGGAACGAAUGUUUGAAUGUAUCCCCCGUAACACUGUUCGCUAUUUGUCGAUCAUUUGCUGUGACAGAACGAUGGACGAUGGCCUCCGAAAGAUACCAGGAAAGUUUCCUUUGCUGCGGCGAUUGACGAUUCGAAAGUGCCCACUGGUGACGAACGACUGUAUGGAGAGGCUGCGUAUGCUGAUGCCAUCGUGUACAUUCGUGAAGAAUGGUCAACAUUUUUAUCCAGCUUACGUUGGAUUAUAA